GAGUUUGGCUCUCGAUUACUUGUGCCUGUAGUAUCAUUAGGCCUGUUGGGUCGAUUGCAGAGUUGAGCCGACGCUGAUGCAACACUGACACAACACUGACAGCACCGGCUCAAGCCUUCUGUUUAUCACUGUGUCAAGUCUACUGUAAUGGCAGUCCAGUUAAAUCCAGAUGAGAAGUUUGAUCUCAUCACCAGGAACCUCCAAGAGGUUCUUGGAGAAGAGAAGAUAAAGCAGGUCUUACAAGAGAGGGAGCUUAGAGUGUACUGGGGCACAGCCACUACAGGCAAACCACACGUGGCAUACUUUGUGCCCAUGUCAAAAAUUGCAGACUUUCUGAAGGCUGGCAGUGAGGUCACAAUUUUGUUUGCUGAUCUGCAUGCCUACCUAGACAACAUGAAAGCUCCUUGGGAGCUGCUGGAACUCAGGGUGAAAUAUUAUGAACAGGUCAUUAAGGCUAUGUUGGAGAGCAUUGACGUUCCUCUGGAGAAACUCAAGUUUGUCAAGGGCACAGACUACCAGCUAAGCAGAGAGUACACUUUGGAUGUGUACCGCCUGUCUUCUAUGGUCACUGAGCAUGAUGCCAAAAAAGCAGGAGCAGAGGUGGUCAAACAAGUGGAGCAUCCUCUUCUUAGUGGUCUGCUGUAUCCUGGACUCCAGGCUUUGGAUGAGGAGUACCUGAAGGUGGAUGCCCAGUUCGGAGGAGUUGACCAAAGGAAGAUAUUUACUCUGGCAGAAAAGUACUUGCCUUCUCUUGGCUAUGCUAAACGUGCUCAUCUAAUGAAUCCCAUGGUGCCAGGAUUGACUGGGGCAAAGAUGAGCUCCUCAGAAGAGGAGUCAAAGAUUGAUUUGCUGGACUCAAAAGAAGAUGUGAAAAAGAAGUUAAAGAAAGCUUUCUGUGAGCCUGGAAAUAUCCAGAAUAACGGUGUCCUCUCUUUUGUCAAGUAUGUCCUGUUCCCUUUGCAUGGAGACUUCUGUGUGAAACGAGAUCCUAAAUGUGGUGACAAAGUGUAUACUGUCUUUGAAGAAGUGGAAAAAGACUUUGCUGCCGAGCUGAUUCAUCCUGGAGAUUUGAAGGCCUCUGUGGAAGUUGCACUAAACAAACUGCUGGAACCGAUCAGAAAGAAGUUUGAGUCACCUGAGCUCCGCAAACUCACUAACUCUGCCUACCCAGACCUUUCAAAGAAAUCAGGUGGGAAGGGAGCAAAGGCUGGGGGAGGGGGAGGGGUAGAGGAUGACGAAUUGUCCCCAUCCAGGUUGGACAUACGGGUGGGAAAGGUGGUCAGUGUAGAAAAGCACCCAGAUGCCAAUUCACUCUACCUAGAGAAGAUUGAUGUGGGUGAGCCAGAACCAAGGACAGUGGUGAGUGGCCUUGUAGCGUACGUUACACAAGAAGACCUACAAGACCGAAUGGUGUUGGUCCUAUGCAAUCUUAAACCACAGAAAAUGCGGGGUAUUGAGUCACAAGCCAUGCUGUUGUGUGCAUCCAUUGAAGGAGAGCCGAGGCGAGUUGAACCACUGGAUCCUCCUGAGGGUUCAUCACCAGGGGAAAGAGUCUAUGCAGAAGGCUACGAGACAGGCAAACCAGACGACAGACUCAACCCAAAGAAGAAAGUGUGGGAGAAACUACAGGUUGACUUGAAGGUCUCAGACGAGUGUGUUGCCCAGUGGAAAGAGAAGCGACUAAUGACCAAAUUAGGACAAAUCACAUGUAAGACACUGAGAGGAGGCAACAUCAGUUAACUCCACACACCACACCAAGUGCCUCCAUCUGCUCUCUGUCUACGGAGGAAAAUGUCUUUCAUCUACUGCCAUGACAACAAUAGCAGCAGAAGUUAAUCAAAUUUCUUAGAGAAUCUGUGGACAAUGAGAACAACAUUUCUGAAGAAUAUCUUUGUGUUACCAUGCUUCAUCAACACAACUUCUCAACAGCUUCUCAAUUUAAAUUUAAAUUCUUUCACUGCUUCACUGACCAAAUGAACAGUAACAAAAGGUUUGAUCCACAUUUGUGAGUCAAUAAAUGCUACAUUUUAAAUAAA